UAUAAUUUCUCUGGACUUUGUGUUGAAAGUGUGUGUGCGUGUGUGUGAGUGUGUGUGCGUGUGUGUGAGUGUGUGUGUGCCAUCAGAAGAAGAAAAAGGAGAAGAAGAUGCUUCAACAUUUGUGCUGUGAAGAACAUCUGAGCUUUUUUUAGGGUUUAAUUUAUAGGGCUGUGUGUGUGAGUGUGUGCGUGUAUGUGUGUGUGAGUGUGUGCGUGUAUGUGUGUGUGUGUGUGUGUGAGUGUUGGUGUUUGUUUGUGUGUGUGAGUGUGUAAGUGUUAGUUUGAGUGAGUGUGUAAGUGAGUGUGAGUGUGUGUGAUCUGUGGGAUCAUGUCUCUAAGCUGUCGCUUGCUGUGUGGAUCCUUUGGGAUCUGCUCAGGGUGGAUCUGCCUCCUGCUGGCCACGUGCACUAAUGACUGGGUGAACACCUGCAGCUUCGGCCUUCAAACCUGUCUGAAGAUGGACGAGCUCGAGUCCAAAGGCUUAUGGGUCGAGUGUGUGGUUUCUACAGCGCUGUAUCACUGUUCAACUUUCAACCAGAUCCUCGCUUUACCUGCUUACAUCCAGACGUCUCGGGCGCUGAUGGUGUCUGCGUCGCUCCUCGGCCUCCCGUCGGUGCUGCUGGCGCUCUUGGCGACGCCCUGCGUCAGAGUGGGUGAUGAGAGCGACGGAACCAAACGGAAACGAGCUUUGUUCGGGGGAAUCCUCGCUCUGAUCGUGUCGGUGUGCGGUUUGGUGUCGACGGUGUGGUUCCCGAUCGGAGCUCAUUAUGAAGACAGCCUGAUGUCGUUCGGGUUCUCUCUGUAUGCCGGGUGGUUGGGUUCUGCCCUCUGUUUCCUCGGGGGAUCGGUUCUGACCUUCUGCACAGGAAGCGACGAUGCUCCGGCUCAACGUCCUGAAAAGCGCCUCUACUACUCGAAACAUCACGGACUCACCGACUCCAUCGAGGCCUCAAACAAUCACGCCAAGAGCGCUCACGUCUGAGAGCAGAGACGUCAAACAGAGAUGAAAAGUUUAUCAGUCUCUCUGUCUCUCUCUGUCUGUCUCUUUCUGUCUGUCUCUCUCUGUCUGUCUCUCUCUCUCUCUCUUUCUCUCUUUCUGUUUCACACACACACACACACGCAUGGGGAUUUUCCACACAGAUACAAGCAAAGCACAACAUCUACUCAAAACAAUUUUUAUUCCUGUCUGGAUAAAAGGUUCUGUCUCGGCACGGACCCUGAAAACGAGGCCAAGCUAAAAAAAAAAAACCUGCCUUUAAUCCGUUCUCUUUGUUCUUUUACUUUUAAGUCUUUUGCAGGAGUGCUGAAAUUUUUCCUUUAUUUCUAAUUCAUCUCAGACUGUGUUCAAUCAUCUGCUGUGGUCUGAAAGUAAAAAGAUAAAGCCGGGUCCAUCUGACACGCAGACGGCAGACAGGCAGGAAGCCAGAGGUGCAGGAAGGCCGGGUGUCUUCUCUGUGUUUUUUCCUGUAAAGCUCUUCACUCUUUCCUGCUCAGGAUCCCUCAGGAAAUCUGCAGACUCAAAGCCAGGACACCUUCAAUAGCGACAGAUCGGACCGUUUUUUCGUCUUUUUCUCACGCGGCUCGUUAACGAUAUUUGCGUUGUGUUUAAUUCCUCCUUUCUUUGUGUUGUUGUUCUCACAGGACUUUGGACACGUCACACUAUUCACAGAGAAGUUUAAAAACGAACAGCAGUGUGUGAAUGAACUGAUCACGACUCGUGUAGUGAAACUUCUGCUACUUUUCUCAUUCCUUUGAUUUUAUUAUCCAUAUUCUCAUUUUUUACGAUACUUUUUCACACACAUUCUGUAAAAUAUGACACAAUUUCAGUUCAAUAUAUUUUUAUGUGAUAUAUUUCACAGGAGGCUGAAUUUAAACUCUGAGCUGCGAUCUAAAAGGUUUUGUCCUCGUGUGUGUGUGUGCAGAGACCUCACUGUGAUGUCGUCACUGCAGGACUUCCUGAAGAGGCCUUUAAUGUGUUCAGUAAAUUCAGUAAUAAUAUUUCUAUACGAUGAACUUUACAAAUAAAACACCGACGCUGUAAA